CGGGCUGGGGGGAGCGGGGCGGGCGCCUCAGCCCCGCGGCGGAACCGGCCAUGGAUUUCCACAACAUCCUCGUGAUGGCCUCGGAGCAGCAGGGGCUGAACGCCGUGCCGAAAAGAUACAGUUUGGCUGUUGGCCCUCCCAAAAAGGUUCCAAAGGUCAAGGGUGUUGAGUCUGCAGCAGUACAAGCAUUUCUCCGAAGGAAAGAAGAAGAAAAAAGGAAAAAAGAACUGGAAGAAAAAAGAAAGAAAGAACGACUCCUGGCUAAGCGAAUUGAACUGAAACAUGACAGGAAGGCAAGAGCUAUGGCUUCACGAACAAAGGAUAACUUUUAUGGCUAUAACGGUAUUCCCGUUGAAGAGAAGUCUAAAAAGAGGAGGAGGACUUGUGAGAAUGUUUCUCAGGCCCCCGAGGCUGAGUAUGCAACAGAAAAUGAAGCAGAGCAACUCGAAUUUACUCAAACUGAAUCGGAGUAUGAGCAAGAAGAAUAUGAUGAGAAACCGUCCAAAGCUGCGGUCAAACCAAAGGCACCACCCAAAAGUGCACCAGCACCCCUCAACUUUGCAGAUCUUUUAAGGCUUGCUGAAAAAAAACAAUAUGAACCAGUAGAAAUAAAAGUAGUGAAAAAGAUAGAAGAGAGACCCAGAACUGCGGAAGAAUUGAGAGAGAGGGAGUAUUUGGAACGCAAAAAUAAGAGAGUGGAAAUGCAGAAAAAGAAAACCGAGAAGGAGGUUAAGAAUACAGGGAUAUCCAGUUCUUCAAAAAAAGCAACUUCCCUGAAGGAAUGUGCAGAUGCAAAACUUAGCAAAAGUGCAGCAGAUAAACAUGCCUCUCCAAAAAGCAGCCUCUCUUCUCUGAGUGGUACUGAUAAGAAAUCCAAAGCACCAGCAUUGACGGAAAAGCACUCGCGGUCGUUAUCUUCUUCUAAAUUGAGUCAAAUGGAAAAAGUAAAAACCUCACAAAAUAGUUCCUUGAAAACCCCUACUGCUGGCAGUCAUAGUAAAUUACCUGUCAACGGUAUGGGAAAGUCUGGCUCAAGCUUUCCUGUGCCAUCCUCAAAGCCAAUGGCCAAUGGGGCUCAAAGGUUACCGUCUGCUAAAGAAUCCAGCCUGAAAAAGCCUGUCCAUACAAAACCAGGAAAUGCUGCAGCCCUCCAGCACGAAAUGAACUCCAGCGCAAAACGAUCCAGCAGCAGUUUAGGAAAGGGAGGACCUGGGCAUCCAGGUGGAGGAUCAAGUGCAGGACCAGGGCGAUCAAGCAGCAAUUCUGGCAUGGGACCAGGAAGGCCAGGGAGCGUCUCAAGCCCAGGGCCCGGGCGACAGGGCAGCAGCUCGGCCGCAGGACCUGGAAGGCCAAGCAGCAGCUCGAGCGUGGGACCUGGGCGACCGGGCAGCGGCUCAGGCGUGGGACCUGGAAGGCCAGGUGGCAGCUCAAGCACUGGACUUGGGCGUCCAGGUGGCAGCUCAGGCUCCGGCCCGGGAAGGCCGGGCAACAGCACAAAUACAGCACCUGGGAGACUGGGCAGCGGCAUGGGAACGGGACCAGGGAGGCCGGGAGUCAGCCCGAGUGCAGGACCUGGGCGGCCGGGCAGCAGCUCAGGAACGGGGCCAGGAAGGCCAGGAGUCAGCCCGAGUGCAGGACCUGGGCGACCUGGCUUUACAGCUGUAAAGCCCAGGUGUACUGUCGUAUCAGAAACUAUUUCUUCCAAAAACCUAGUGACGAGGCCCAGCAAUGGACAGAUGAAUGGAAUGAGACCUCUUCAAGGGCAUAGGCCUCCGUUUCGCUCACAAGGUAUUGGGAGACCACCUGUUGGUUACAAAAGACAAAUAGAUGAUGAUGAUGAAGAUGAUGAAUAUGACUCUGAAAUGGAUGAUUUUAUUGAAGAUGAAGGGGAACCCCAAGAAGAAAUAUCAAAACAUAUUCGGGAAAUCUUUGGCUAUGACCGGAAAAGAUAUAAAGAUGAAAGCGAUUAUGCCUUACGCUACAUGGAGAGCAGCUGGAGAGAGCAACAGAAAGAAGAAGCCAGGAGCUUGAGACUCGGUGUUCAGGAAGACCUUGAGGAAUUGAGACGGGAAGAGGAAGAACUAAAACGCAAGAGGCAGUCUAAGAAGCUGAGGACCCGUUAACUGACUUACAGCGUCGACUUCUUUCAUUUUUUGCUACCCUCUGCCUCCAUACAUCUCCUGUUCUUCAGUUUCCAUUUGCUUGUUAGAGGGCAAAAGAAUAUGUAAAGGGAUAAAAGAACUGAAAAAUAAAGGCUUUAGUUUGACUUAUAUAAGAUAUUUAUUUUUAAUACUUGCCAAGGGUUGAUUUUUUUAUGGAGAAAUUAAUGCACUAAUGCAUAUUAUUAAGUAGAAGAAAAAUUAAGAAAUGUUUCCAUUGAUUAAAUCAGUUCAAGAUGCCAGCAGAAAUAUUGACUAGCUAUGCACUGACGUGGAACUGUGCGGGCCCAUAUACAAGUACACCAAUUUUGCAUUCACUUGAAAGGAAGGAAUAGCACUGGGGGAGUAGUGUUCUUGUUCCCUGAUAUUUUUUUUGAGAUGUAGAGAGAAAUUGCUUUAUACCCUGCUCUGUCUCCUAAGUUAAGCCUCAAAGUUUCUGAAACAUCAUCUUCUAUACAGAAGCAGCUUGGGUGUGAAUUCAGCCGUUGCCACAAAUGUUCAAAGCAAUAAAGUGCUAUAUAUUUUUCUGAUUUGAGGACCCAUAUACAAUAACUGAACUGGAAUCGUCUUGUUUCCUAAUGGAGAAGUGCGUGUCACUUGCAAAAUGUACAGUUAGAGAUAUCACCAAAAGGUUAGGCUGGCUUUUGCUGUGUCUGGAAUUUCAAUGCCAAUCACAUUCAGUAGGAUACUCAUCCUGAAAAUAGGAAUUUCUAGUGUUUGUGUGUAAUUUGUGCUUUUGAGCUGAAGCAUAUGCUUAGGAAUUCUUUUCCUGCCCUGUCAGUCUUUGCAUUUGUCUAAAAGCUUCUGUUCUUUUACAGGUUGUGUGCUGUGCACAUGUUUUUUUCUUCUGUUAAGCAUCAGGUGUGUUAAAUGGUUUAAAAUGUGGAGCAGUCACUUAUCUAAUCAGGUGUACUAUUUGGAAAACACGUUUCCAAAGUAGUUGCAGCUAGCUCUUGGAUGUCCAUCACUUUGUAUGACACAGUGAAUACUUUUGAUUAAAUUCAUCAAAUCAGAAAUCUAAAAUGCAUGUCAGGAGAGUUAGUUGUGUUACCCAAUGCCCAUGUUUGCACAUUAUUUCUAACUAUGCAUUUGAAGACUGUUUCCUUCAGUAACUGAGUUUGUUUACUUAUCAGCAUGGGGUUCAUCAAAAUCAAUAGGGGUUGUAAGAAGAGUCCGAAGCUCGAAGCUGGUGUUGCAUCUGCUUUGAUUCACCAAGUUAUCCUUCAAAGCUCACCAGUAUCACUGUUCAGUGAGCAGUAAGACCCCGCUGAUAACCCCUCAGCUAUAGCUAUUGAAGCUGUUAUGUUUUAAUACUUGAAGUACUUAGAAAAGUACAAAAAGGGCUUUGGAUAUAUGUUGGGGGAAAGAAAAAUGAAGAAAAAGAAAAAAUUACUUAGAAAAAUAGUGAAGGAACCUUUAAAGAUUCCUUCAGAGGGCAAUUUUUUUUAAACAGUGCUGCUUCCAGAACACAGUUCAGACAGCUUGGAAGCUGCUGGAAUUUACACAUCUAACUCUUAAUGAAGGAAAAAACAUUUGCUUUUUUGAGGCAUUUUCUGUUGAUGGUGUAGCAUUUCACUGCCUUAGCGAAACACUGACAUGAGUAAGCUGUUGGGAUGGAUUCUAUAAACUAAUUCAGUAUUAGUUGCGUAGGAGCACGGAUGGUAACUGUCACUGCUCCUCUGUAUUUUUAACUUUGUAUAUUAACUAACAAAAAGGUGUUUCUCAGUGUAUACACUCGAGACCAUGCAAGAUAGUGUAAUCUCAGUGCUUGUCUGCAAGUGCGUUGUAUUCACUCUGCUUAAUGGGACCACCUCACAUUUGCUGUUGUAGUUCCCCGAAUUCCCCAAACAUGGCCAUGAUCUCUGGGACCAUGAUUGACUGUGGGUUUGUUUGUUUGCUUGGUGUGGAUUUUUUGGUUUGUUUAGCUGGAGAAAGGCUCCUAGGUCUGUCAGCCUGGACAACUAUCACUUGCAAGCAAUUUUCUGCCCGGCUGAAAACAGUCUCUUAUGAAGCAAAAGAUGCUCACAUAAUUUGAAAUUGGAAUUCGGUUUGGAAUUAAAUCUGCAUUUCAGAUAACCGAAGCUUAAAUAAACCCUGAUGAUUUCAUUGCUUUGCACACGGUCGGUUAAAUUUCUUAAUCUAAAGCACUUUGGUCUUUGAGGUGCUGACUGGAAUGCGGUCUCUUCUUCCAGCCUCCCUAAGACACUUGUUUAACUUCACACAAUGAUCGCUCGAUUUUUGUUUCGUAUGAAAAAUUGCUCAAGGACACAUUUGUCAUUUUACAAUCAAGUACUUUCUCAUAAUUGGCACGGGACACCAGUGGCUUUCAAAUUUUGUACAAGUGUUUGGGUUUUGUUGGGUUUGCAUGUGCUGCAUAUUUGUAAAUGGACUUGGGAGGGCCUCGUAUUCAAAAUCAUGUUUGCUGUUUGCCAGAUUAACAUUAUUAAUCUUUACAAGAGUACUUUGGUACUCAUCCAAAGUGCGUCUGAAUUUGAGGUUAAGAAAAAACUGGAAGAAUUCUUCUAUUGGUUUAUGAGGAUCUGAUGUUAAAGCUAAUGACUUAAUUGCGUUUAAUGAAAUUCUGGUUUGGAUUUUAGAUUCUUUCUUUUUUUAAUUCACUGCUUGACGAUGUGCCUUUUAUACUAAAUUGCAUCAAAAACUGAUGAAUGUAGAGUAUGAACAGGUCGGUCAGUUUCUGCUAUCUCAGAUUCUGUGUACUUAAGCCUGGUGGUGUGAGAUGGUGACGUCCUUUGCGUAAAGCCCUUCCAGGUCUGGCUUUGAUUGCACAAUUACAGUAGCUACUUCUGUACUGAUAAGGCUAAAUCAAACGAAGGGCACUUUCUAUUGAUGACUACUUUUUGAAAAUGUCUUGUACUUACGCUUGAGCUGUAUUUCACUUUACAGCAGUCUUUUUGGAGGCCAGGGUUUUGCAUAUCACAGGAAGCCUUAGUGUGCAACUCUGUGCUGUGCUUUAAAAUAAAAAUCUUUCAAGAAGUUUAUGAGAUCUCUAUGGAAAUCUGGAUUUAUUUUUGUGUAAAGCCCAAAAUAUUGUCCAGGAAAACUAAUUUUCUAUUUUUUUUGCAUUUUGUAACAUAAUCUAGUAGCUGAUGCCUAUUUCUAGAUACAGCGUAUUUCUGGAGACCAAAACAUGUCAGAAAAUAAAUAUAUGGAGAGACUGUGUUUAAGUUGUGAUGAAUGUAUUUCUAUUUAUUUUGGUGAGUGGGUGUAAUGCAAUAUUAAAGUGGUAGUUGUAAAUAAGGGUGCUUCUAGGUUUAGCCAAUGAUUUCCUUUGGGGAUAUCCAUUGUGCACAAUGUCUUUUUACACAAUGUGACAAAUCAGGUUUAAAAACUUACAUAGCUUAACUGUUUUCUGGUGCUGUCAAGAAAGUGUAUACUUUUGCACACCAAAUGCAUAUAAGUUUUGCAGACAAUAAAUUACAGGCAUUAAACAUUU